CAGUCAGUACUCUCAACCGCUGAGCCAUCUCUCUAGCCCCUAUUUGGCAUUUUCUAAGUGUGCUACUUGCCUUGAGGGAAACAGUAGCACGGGCCUAUUUCUAGCCCCACAUACUCAGGAGCUACUCAAGAUUGGGCAGCCUAGCCAGGCUCAAAACUUUGUCAUGUUUAUCAGGGGGCAAAUUCUGUAUCUGCAGGCUGUCACUCGGGCAAGAUGUAGCUUAAUUACCUUGGGAUGGCCCUGAAGUCAGUCCUGCCUGCUCUGCCUUCUCAGCCUAUUCUUUGUUCUCAAUUGUGACCUCACAUUGUUCCAUAUGAGCCCCUUCCUGGACCCUUUCCCUUCUGGACUCGUCCCUGUAAUAGAGCUAGGGAUAUUGUGCUGACAGCAGAGAUGGGUCCUGCUGAGUACAACACUUAUUGACCAGGGAUGGAUGCCAGUCCAAUUGAGUGAUCCCAGUUUGUCAUGGCCAAACUGACUCAGUAUCCUCUAUCCUGUGGGGGCCACUAGAUCAGGAACAGGAACAAGGGAAACCAAAGACUGGAAAUUAAGCAGGACAGAAGAGCAGAAUGCCUUGGAAGUGGGAGGCAGAAGAGUUAAAUGAUGCUGUCUUUCUUUCUACGGAGGACAGGAGGACAGGAGACAAGACCCGAUCCUUACACGAGGCUUGCCAAACCAGGUCUGAGUGGUGGGGUGGCCUUGCCUCACCCCACCCCCAACUGCCUUCCUCACAAUGGGGCUCAUUGCUGAGGUGUCAGAGGGCAUCCUAGGGAGGGUGAGGCAGGGGCCUGAUUGCCAGACACCUGCAGGGCUCCAGCCCCUUCAAGCAUGAACCUUACCAUCUGGGCUCCGGCACUCCUGCUGUGCUCUUAGCUCUGUGUGAGGCCUAGGGCCCUGGAGGACUUCUUGGAGUUCCUCCAGCAACCAUCAUGCAGGGUGGUGCUGGGGACUGCUCUCUUGCUCGGAAGUGGAGGCGUCAUGCUGUGGGCUCACAGGAAGAAAAGGAAGGCAGCCUCAGAGGCUAAAGAAGACAAGCCUCCGGAACCCCACAGAGCAAACGACAGCUGGAUCAAGUCUCAUUUCAGCCGCCUAUCCGAAGAGAGGUUGCCCACCCACUGCCAUGUCAGUAACAAUGGCCACUCACCCAAAAGCAGGCACGGGGAAGCCAAUACCACACUCCACGUGGAUACUCUCACCACCAAACAUGGAGAAAGGGGCGCAGCUCUGCACCGAGAUUCCUUUGCCAGCAAACAGAAGAUAUCUGGGAGCUCAGUGACCAAAGAGAUGCAGAGGGAGUCAGGGAAGUCCCCGUCCAUGGAGGAUGACACCUGGGCUGCCGUGGCGGCUUGCACAAAGGAGAUUGAUGCCAAGGGGCAUCACGUGGCUAACUCCAUGCUGCAGCGCUCCUCAGCUUACCAUCGUACAGGCCAUGCAGAAUCCAGGAACAUCAGCCCAGAAGAGCUGAAGGCUCUGGAGGAGGUGGAGAUAAAGCUGAAAGGGAAUUUCCUAACACACCAUGAAACUGGUGUAGCUGGUGCCAACCAGUCGCACACAGUCUAUAGCCAGAGUCGCCAUGGUAACCAAAGCCACCAUUCCUAUCCAAGCCACCAGAGCAACCAGAGUCAUCCUGUUUACUCCAGCUACCAGGGUCACCAUCCAAGUCACUUGAGCCACCAGAGCUAUCCAAGUUACUCAGGUCACCAGAAUCAUCCUGGCCACUCCAACCACCAGGGUCAUUCAGGCCUCUCAAGCUACCAGAGUCAUCUGGGCCACUCCAACCACCAGGGUCAUCCAGGUCGCUCAAGUCACCAGAGUCACCAGGGUCAGCCAGGUCACCCAAGCCACCAGAGCCAUAAUCUGCCCAACCGCAGAACCCAAAUCUAUGGCUCUUGAAGCCACUUAAGCAUGUGUCCCUGCCCCCGCAGGGCUGGCUCUCAUACAUAGGCCUGUUUUCUCUUCCAUGGGGAAACCUACGCGGUCAGGGUGAGAGACUGCCAACCAAAUCCCUGCUGCUUCUGGCCCCAGCAGAGGUCAUGAGGGAAGGAGGAAAGGAUGCAGCUUCAACAGCCCAAAGGCCCUGAAGACCCACGAGAGAAGACAUGAGGCAGAUUACAGGAGCAACCACAAGCCCCACACUGACUCCACAUGCCUGAAUGGAGCCAAUAAAGCCCUGCACACCCU